GGAACUUCCGGUCGCGGCGAGUCGAAUUCCUGCUAGCUAAAGACACAUGAUGGGAAACUGAAUGCUGUACGCGCUCCUGGAGUUUGACUGCGAAAAGUACAGUAAUCUUACAUGUGGUUGAGACGAUGGAGUCCAAAAUAAAAUAACAGAGGUGACUGAAGCACCAAGCCUCAGUAGGACUCCAUCAAGCCGAAGGAGCCGCAACAGAAAUGGCAAACCUGAACUGGAAGCCGUUUGUCUUUGGGGGAAUGGCCUCAAUUGUCGCAGAAUUCGGUACGUUUCCCAUUGAUCUCACAAAAACACGGCUCCAGGUUCAAGGGCAGACGCACUGUAUGGAGGUCCGAUAUCGGGGCAUGUUCCACGCUUUGUUGAGGAUUGGCCGCGAAGAAGGCAUCCGGGCAUUGUACUCUGGAAUUUCACCUGCACUCCUCCGACAAGCUUCCUACGGGACAAUCAAGAUCGGUACAUACAACACAUUGAAGAAACUGAUUGUUAGUCAUCCAGAAGAUGAGACUAUGGUGAUUAAUGUGUUUUGUGGUGUGGUGUCUGGAGUUUUGUCGUCCUCUUUGGCAAAUCCAACUGAUGUGCUAAAGAUUCGCAUGCAGGCUCAAGGCAGCCUGUUACAGGGAAGCAUGAUGUCUAAUUUCAUCAACAUUUAUCAGACUGAAGGCACGCGAGGCCUGUGGAGGGGUGUAAUUCCUACCGCACAGAGGGCGGCCAUCGUGGUGGGUGUAGAGCUGCCAGUCUAUGACAUCACCAAGAAGCAUUUGAUUCUUUCAGGCCUCAUGGGAGACACAGUGUUCACUCAUUUCAUUUCCAGUUUCGCGUGUGGUCUGGCAGGUGCUUUAGCCUCCAACCCAGUGGAUGUGGUGAGGACACGUAUGAUGAAUCAACGUGUGCUCGCAGGUAACCCUCUGUACAAGGGUACCCUGGACGGACUCAUGCAGACCUGGAAAAACGAAGGAUUUUUUGCUCUCUAUAAAGGCUUCUGGCCCAACUGGCUGCGUCUAGGGCCCUGGAACAUAAUUUUCUUCAUCACCUUUGAGCAGCUGAAGAAGCUUUCAUUGUAGAGUUUGUGACUUCCCUGAGCUGUGUGUAGGUGUCUGGGGCUUCUGUCCUUCAGCAUUUACCAUCCCUUCUCCGUCACGCACCUAUGAGUAUUUUUAUUUAAGAACGAACAUGUAUUUUGUUCUCAUUUGCAUUGUACAUACUUGACCUAUUUAAACACACUUGUUUUUGCACCUAAAUGCUUUGUGUUUCACUCCUGGCAGCUAUGUUGUCCGUCACCGCCAUGUUCUCAGGCCCAGUGGUGUUUUCAUCAUAUAUGCUUGGUCAGCUAGGAGCAGCACUGGUGUAAAUUUGAGGUAAAGGGCUAAAGCGAAAACUGGAAACCACGAGGCAUAGUUUCUCCACACUGGCUUGAGAGUUUGAAAUUAUAGCAUAAGUUACUAAAAACACAUCCGCCAUGUGGGGGAUGUAAAGCAAUAGUUUAGUGUAGAACUGAAUGUAGUUGGUGAAUAUAAGCAGGAAUAUUAUAAUAUACAGGUCCACGCACUCUAAAUUAGACAUUGUCCUUGUAAUUUAAUAUGUAAACACGGCUUGUGCAGUGAUAAUGUAUUUUGCUUCAUCUGUAGACUGCAGAUAUGAUAGAAAUUGCCCACGUUGCAUACUUGUAUGCAGUCCAAAUUAAUACCAAAGGAACUAGUAAAGGGAGAUGUGGCCUCAUAUCUUGGAUCUUUGAGCUCAGUGGGACUUAUUCAUAAAACAUGAGCCAAUUUCAGUGUAGCCUAAGUCUGUUCUUGCGCAAGUUGUCGCAUUUAAUUCAAAAUUGCUCCGAAAUUGUUACGCUUGUUUCAUAAGGCCCAAUGUGCCCAAAAAGCUUAUUUUAUCCCAUAUUAUGUCAAGGUCCUCUGAAAAGCUCCAUGAAAGUGGGUUAGAAGUUUAUGCCUGAACAUGCAUAGAAUUCUAAGCACUUGUGACAUUGCACAAGUUUUUAUUUUACUUUUUUCAGUGACGUCUUUAUUGCCAUGUACAUUUGCAUGAGUGUGUAGUGUGUGUGUGUUUGUGUUCUGAGAAGCACAUGUAAAAUGUCAAAUAUUUUGGCAGCCGUCAAAAUGUGUAAAUACGGCUACUGUACGAUAGAAUAAAAUAUUAGCACAUAGUUUUUUGUUUUUUUUUUGUUAAUUUUCAACCAGAUUUUGUGGAAAAGGGUGUCAUUUGCAUUUUUAUUGCUUGCCUCUUUGCCAAAGUGUACGUGUAUUAAACCAGAACUGCACUGAUGUUGCUGGUUUUGAAAAGUGACGCAUUAUUAUUGUUAUUAUUGGGAAAGUACUGUUACAUAUUCAUCAUUGUAUGUCAUCAUAUUUCAAGCCUUACCACUUCCUGCUUUUAUAUUUAUGCCUUGGCCUGAUUUUAUGGUGUGCUAGCUAAACAUGAAGUGUUGUACUUCUGCUAUAAUUUACUGUCUAUAUUGUUCAUAACCUUUAACAUGCAAAUCAAACUGUAUUGCAAACAUUCUUAAGUUAUAUGGACAAGCUGUUCUUCAUAUGACUUUAAGGGGACAAGUUUAAAAGGUUUAAUGUAUGUAAUGCUUGGGUUAUUCAGGGGUUUUCAUGUUCGUUAUACUUGCUUUUUCCCAAACUUUUGCUGUUGCUAGAAUGGAGACUACAGCAUGGUGCAUGAUAUAUUCCUCUCUAAUAGAACUUUUGAAAAUGCUUAUUUUAUUAUGUAGCAAAGACCAAGAACCACAUUAACCCAUGUGCCAGUGUUUUUACUUUAGUUUACUGUUAGUCACUCACGGAUCAUAAGGAUGAGAACCUCUUAUGCUAUAUGUUAUGCUCCCUCAGUUGUUUUUGUUUUUGCUCAAUUAUAAUUUUUUUAAAUACUGUUUUAUUUACACUUUUACUAUAUGAAAGGUUCUUUCGUGUAGAGGUACUUUAAAUUUGUGGGGUGUUCGUUUGGAUGUAUAAUUGAAAUCAGGAUGAAUUUUCUGACAAUACUGUUGUACAAUGAGGGAAAUUGUAGAAUUUAUUACCCAAAUACAUUUGAUAAAUGAGAGAUAAUGAAAAUGUGCAGAAUUAAAAUGGG